AUGCCAAGCUCGUUGGACUUUAAACUCAAUCCUUCUGUGUACAGAAUAGCGAUGCGGAUAGAUAACAAAUCUACCACAUUUGCAGUGAUGCCCACCUGUACAGAUAGACAGGAGGCUGCUGAUGCCCUCCACCAGGCGUUUCUCGUCAACUUCCUCGCAGAACUUGAGGCCUGGAAGCUCCGGGAUGAGCUCACAUACGGCGAUCUCUCUGGGGACUUGGACUCGGACCGCUCAGACAUUGACAUGGACAGCUCGUCUUCGUCUUCACUUUUUUCAGAGUCCAGUACAUCAUCAAGCUCGGAGGAAGAGGGUACAGCUGCUCGGGACUAUGUGGAUCAGAUGGCAAAUCUCUAUUCAGAGCGUUAUCUUCAAGAGCGUCGACCUAUCACCAAAACACAAGAAAACUUGCGCCUUCUUCUCGACGACCACAAGAUCAAUCACCCUGAAAUUUUCCGAUCUUACCUCAGGAUAACCCCUGCCUGUUUCGAUGAUCUUGUCUCUGCCAUCGAAGAUGAUGAAGUUUUCUCUAACAACUCGCAAAACGAUCAAAUGCCAGUAGCAGAGCAAGUUGCUAUUGCACUCUACCGUUUUGGGCACUAUGGGAAUGCAGCAUCAUGCAUGAAGGUGGCCUUACACUUUGGUGUUGGGUAUGGUACUGUCCAGCUUGUGACAACACGAGUCAUGAAGGCCUGCUGCUCAGAAUGCUUCCGAGCUGCAUCUGUACAGUGGGCGAGUCCCCAAGCAAAGGAGGCUGCAAAGCAGUGGGUGGAGAAGGCAUCAUGUCCAGCAUGGAGGGAUGGUUGGCUUAUGGUUGAUGGCACCCUUGUUCCUUUGUUCUGCCGGCCUGCUUUUUUCGGAAAUGUGUGGUUUGAUCGCAAGUCCAAUUACUCAAUGAAUGUUCAGCUUGUUUCAACUCCUGACUGCCAGAUUAUCGACUAUGCUGUUGGACUGCCUGGCAGUCAGCAUGAUGCCUCUGCAUGGGAAGAAACUCGGACCUUUCAGCACCAUUCUCAGCUUCUUGAAGAUGGCGAGUGGGUGUGGGCUGAUUCAGCCUACCCUUUGCAGAAAUGGUGUCAAGCACCAUACAAGAAGCCAGAAAAACUUACACGGGACAACACAACCCACAACUAUCAUGUCUCUGCUGUACGAGUGCGCUCCGAGCACUGUGUUGGAUAUCUCAAGGGCCAAUGGUCAUCCCUCCGUGGUCUCCAUGUUGCAAUAAACAACAGUGCAGGCCUUCAAUAUGCAACUCUCUGGAUUAUUGCAUGCAUCCAUCUCCAUGCAUUUGCAAUGAAACAUGAGGCUGGCCAAGAUAUGUCCUCUGACAAAUUUUAUCGGCAGGGGAAGAAGUACCAACGCAAGCAGCAGCACCUUGAGAGAUGUUGGCGUCAGGAAAGGCGAAACAGAAAUGCAGAGGAGGAGAACCAAUUGGAUCAGGUAAAUGAUAUUGGAUUACUGGAGGGAAAACUAAAGAGAGUGGAGCUAAAGGAGAGUAUACUAGAGUAUCUUGGCCAAUGA